AUGAGGUCAAAACAAUAUUCAAUAAGAGAGAAGAUCUGUACAGCACAGAAGCACUGCCAGAUCUUGAAAGAUCAUCAAAAAGAUAUAUUCAAGACAGGAAAGGCAGAUCACAAGACAUGCCAUAACAUGCUGAAGAGAAUUCAAGUAAAACAUGAGUGGCAGAAUAGCAGCAAGAAGAAUCACAAGAUAAUUAAAGAUAAAGUUAUUGAAGAGUUAAUGGCCAAGCAAUUUGCCAAGACCAGGCUUAAGACUAAGUUCAUGGCUCAUGGUUAUAAUUAUCUUGCUGUAGUUGGUGUGUUGAGAGAGGGGGUUAAGAAGAAGAUAAGAAGAUUCCUGAGCCAAUUACAGAGUCUGAGUGAAGACAACAACAGCUCAUCUGUCCCAGAGAAGAUAGAGAAAGAUGAUUUUGAGAUUGUGGUAUUCUCUGAUGAGAAUGAUGAGAAGAACAAUAAGGCAGAGGAUGAUUAG